UUGUGAUAGAAGAGCCGCCCAUGCCAAAUUUGUCAUAAAAAGAUUUAUUAAUGAAGGAAGAGACGUCACUUCUGCACUUGAUAUGAAAAAGGCCCUAGAGAAAUUUGGACAGAAAACAUACAGAGUAAGAGUAGUUGACACCGUUUUAGAUCUGGAUGCAGAAAAACAUAAAGAGUCAAUAAAGAAUGUCUCCAAUUUCUACAACUUUAAUUUUGGAGAUGAUGGCCUGAGAAUGUGGCAGGCAUACAACAUUGGUGAAGGGAAAUUGGUGCAGUGGGAUUCCCUCAAGCCAUCUAAGAAUGCUGUGCAGUUAAAGGUCAUCAGUGAUUGGACUGACAUAGCAAUAUCAGAUUCCUAUGAAGAUCCAGUACCAGCAACAACAAAACACAAACAAAAUUUGAUAUGCCCUUUGGAGAACUGCAUCCGUGAAUUUAAAAAUAAAGAAACACUAGAUCAGCACAUCUUGCAAGGACAAUGUGAAUAUCAGUUAGAAAAAGAGGCAUUGUCUGACAAAAGCAAAAUUAUAUAUGCUAAGAAAUUAUCAAAUGCUCCUUUGUGUUGCCCAGAUAUGACUGCUGAAAAUGUUUUUGAAGAUGACAGUUUGGUCAAUAGGUGUUGUGGAUGGGCUUUGAAAUCAAAAAAGAAGAAAACAGUUUUCAAUCAAAAGCAGAAAGACUUUAUGAUUGAGAAAUUUCAAAUUGGCAAAAGAACUGGCAGUAAGGUUGAUGCCAACACAGCUUCUGAAGAAAUGAGGUCAGGUCACCUUGGAUUUUCUAAGGACGAAUUUUUAACAGGCCAACAGAUUGGAAGUUAUUUUUGUAGACUUGCUCAACAAGACAGAAAAUCAGACAGCAAUGACUACCGUGCUGCAGAUGAGGAAAACAGAAGAUCUAUUUUGAAAAAAGAGAUCACUAAAACUAUUGACAUUUAGUAACAAGAACUUUUGAGGGUUAUGUGCUUUAUUGGAAAUAGAUUUUUUUUUUACUUUUCUACUUCUAUACUUAUAUAUUAUCAUUAUUUUUUAACCUAAUAACUCGUCAUCAACAACAUAUUAGUGUGGCCUGCACAUUUUAUGUGAACCGACAUAUCAUGCAUAUAGGGAUCACUUUAGUCAUGGUCGAUGACGUCACACUUUUCCAUUUCCAAUUUCUCAGCUUCUACUGGAUGGAUAAUUAGAUAUUUGGUACAUGACUUUGACAUAGUCACUUGCAGCCCCUUUUCAGGUUCGUUGCUUAUCUACUUCCUGUUUAUUGAUCAACUUUGUAGUUUUUUAGGUGCUGCAUAAUGGAUAUUUCCGUUACAGUUUUCCAAGAUUCUUCUUUAGGGAAUACUUGGAUAUUUGGUACAUGGCUUUAACAUGUGGGUGCCCUUUUCAGGUGUCUGCAAUACCAACUUCCUGUUUUUCGAAUACUUUGAAAUUUUCACAUAACACUGGUCAUACAUGUAUAUAUGCAAAAAAUUACGUAAUAAUUGUAAAAGGUAGGCAACACACGUCUUGUCUUCCAUUCACAUCUAAGUUUAAGGUUUCUGGGUUAUGCCACUGCAAAUAAGUUGUCUUGGGAUUGGUUUUCUCCUUAAUUUGAUGUGCAAGCAUGUGAUUAUCUCAUCUGCAGGUCAUACCAAUUUGAACACACAUUUGACCCUUCUCUGUAACAGAGUUUUGCUUAUUUUUCAGUAACAGGGAAACAUUUGAAGAAUGAUGAACUUGUAUGCCUUUUUGAAAUUGUUUUCAGAUCAAUCAAUAUAUUUAUGAUAAUAUGUUAGCAUUCAAGAAUAGUUUGGUCACUAUGGUCUACAUUCUACAGGCUUACUUGACUUAUACUUUGAUAUUUGUUUGUAUAGUUAACAUGAUCAUGAUGAUAUGCUAAGUUUGAUGUCAAUAAUGGAAGUUAUUUUCAAAUAGGUUCUUUUAGUAAUUAUUGUGGGAUAAAGGUUACCGUAUGUAGCAACUACUAUCCAAACAGAUCUUUUUUUUAAGGAACAUGAAGUAUGGUUACUAAUAUGACUAUUUUCAAAUACUUAUUGUAUUUAGUAAGAGGAUGACAUUAAUAAUAGUAUAAGAGAAUUUUGUAGGCAAUAUGAAAAUAUUUUGGCGGGAAACCGAACUUCUCUAGAUUUUUCAUCAGUUAUAAUGGAUAUUUUCAUGAAUCUUUAAAGUCUUAUAAAAUUUUAAGAUAAUUUAUAGAAUGUUCUCAAACUAUCUUACUAAACUUGUUUUUAUGUUUCUAACAUAUACAUGAUAUAAAUGAAAGAUAAAGGGCUGAUGAGGGGAAAAAAUAUAUAUACCAUAGUUUAGAUGGAUAAACCCUGAGAAUUUUGAAUAAUUUGUCCAAAAUUAAAAAGUCACCAUCCUUAAACUAUCAGUAUAUGUCAUUGUUAUGUUAUUUUCACUUUAAGGGCUGAAUAUGCUCGUAUUUAUUUGUGUUUAUCAUGUAGUUUAAUGUGUCUGAUGAUCUUUUUCAAAAAUUUCAAAAAAUAAAAAA